GGCAUCUGUCCCGUCUGGACCGAUGGGCCGUAGCCUGCUUCCGGCGGCCCUGGAGGGAGCGGCUGUGUGUGCGGUGGCCGCCCUGUGAAAUGGCCACGGGGGGAUGACCGUGCCCAGGAGGAAGCUCUGAAAUUCCCAGGUCUGGGACGUCCAGGGGGCGGAGCAGGAGAGGAGUGAAUCACGGUCUGGCCGCACCGAUUCUCUCCCUUGUGAUAUUCCCGACGCCGCCCUGGAAUCCGGAGAGACGCUGGAGCACUCAGGCUCUCGUGCCUUGGGAGGGGGCCUAGCAGCGGCGUGUUUGUAAUUUUCCGUUUCUUUAUACAUUAAAAAAAAAACUUAUAUUGUUUUGUUUUUUGGGGGAGAAGCAGAUGAGGGGAGGGUACACCCUGCUGUUGCUUGGUUCAUGCCCCCAGAUGCCUGCAGCAGUCCCUGGGCCAGAGAGGGCACCCCCGGCCCGAGCCAUCACCGGGCUGCACAGAGGGCACCCCUGGCCCGAGCCAUCGCCGGGCUGCACAGAGGGCACCCCCGGCCCGAGCCAUCGCCGCUCAGUGCACAGAGGGCACCCCCGGCCCGAGCCAUCACCGCUCAGUGCACAGAGGGCACCCCCGGCCCGAGCCAUCGCCGGGCUGCCUCCCAGGGUGUAUGUGAGCAGCAGCUGGUGCUCAGACCAGGCUGUCCUAUCUGGGACGUGAGUGUCCCGGCUGCUGGGCCGAAUGAUGCACCCUGUCUGUUUUUCCUUUAAGCCGAAUGACCAGGGCUGGCGCGGACGCUCAAGGGGCACCUGCAGUCCACCUCCGCGUCCUGCCGGAAUGUCUGUUACUCCGCUUCACGUCCAGCUUCCUGCUCCUGCAUCCCAGGAAGCAGCAGAUAGAGCAUGGCCUCUCGCCCGUGGGGGAGACCCGGAUGGAGGCCAACGCCUUUACUCGUCCUCUGGCUGAAGCCCACAGCCGUGUCCGGAAGGCUCGCCCACCAUGUUUUAUGGGACUCACUUCAUCAUGUCUCCGCCCACCAAGAGCAAGCUGAAGCGGCAGGGCCAGCUGUUGUCCAGCAUGCUGUCCAGGACGCUCAGCCACAAGUACCGUGACCUGGACCCUUCCUUCUCUGGCCUGGGUGCCACCGAUGACCCCGCCGAACUCUCCACGCAGCUCUCGGCCCCCGGGGUCCUGAAGGUGUUUGGGGACAGUGUCUGCACGGGCACCCACUACAAGAGUGUGCUGGCCACGGGCGCCUCCAGUGCCCAGGAGCUGGUGAAGGAGGCACUGGAGCGCUAUGCCCUGGACCCCGAGAGCGCCAGCCAGUACGUGCUGUGUGACGUGGUGGGCCAGGCCGGGGGCCCGGGGCAGCGCUGGCAGGCCCAGUGCUUCCGGGUGUUUGGGGAUAACGAGAAGCCCCUCUUGAUCCAGGAGUUGUGGAAACCCCGAGAAGGCUUAUCCCGGAGGUUUGAGCUGAGAAAGCGGUCAGACGUGGAAGAGCUGGCCGCCAAGGAUGUGGACACCAUCACGGCAGGGAUCAAUGCGCAGGCCCGGAGGCUGCAGCGGAUCCGUGCGAAGGGAACUCCAGCCCUGGCCCCAGGGGCUGCCCGGAGUUCCCCCCAGCCCCGGCUGCGCCGCACGGUCAGCGAGACCAGCCUGAACCCGGCUACCACCCUGCCCGACGUCUCCCAGGGCCCUGAGGAGCCCGGCCAGGACGCCAUGCGCUACUCCCUCUUCCAGUGCCCACACCUGCUCCUCCUGCAGGGCUACAGCCAGCAGCACGACAGCCUGGUGUAUGUGCUGAGCCGGGAGCGGCACACGGUGGGCCAGCGGACCCCCUCCAGCAAGCCCAGCAUCAGCCUCUCCGCCCCCGACAUCCUGCCCCUGCACUGCACCAUCCGCCGGCACCAGCCCCUGGGCGGUGCUGCCGGGCCCAGGCUGGUGCUGGAGCCCAUCCCCGGGGCCCCCAUCUCCGUCAACUUCUCCGAGGUGGGGCGGCGGACGGUGGUGCUGCACCACGGCGACCUGCUCUCCCUGGGCCUCUACUACCUGCUGCUCUUCAAGGACCCUGCGCAGGCCCAGCCCCUGCCCGCCCGGGCCCUGGCUCGCCUCCGGGCCGUGCCGCAGAGCUGCCGGGUGUGUGGCGCUGCGCUCACCCCGUCCACGCCGGACGCCCUCCCUCGCCGGCGCCGGCUGCACCUGGAGUUUGAACGUGAGGAGGAGGACACCCUGGUGCAGAGGAUCAUGACGCUGAUUGAGCCUGGGGGCGACGACCACAAGCUGACCCCCGCCUUCCUCCUCUGCCUCUGCAUCCGGCACUCGGCCACGCGCCUGGAGCCAGGCACGUUUGGACAGCUCCUGCUGAAGAUCGCCAAGGCCGUCCGCGGGACAGUCUGGGAGAAAACCAAAGAACUGGCAGAGAAGCAGGCGCGACUCCAGGAACCCAUCUCCUGGGCCAGCUUCCCCAUGGCUGAUCUCGCUCCAGACCUGCAGCACAUUCUCUUCUGGAUGUCCAACUCCAUCGAGCUCCUGUACUUCACCCAGCAGGCCUGUCCGCUCUACAUGCAGAGCAUGGAGGACGAGCUGGACGUGACAGGCUCCAAGGAGUCGCUGUUCUCCUGCGCGCUGACGGCCAGCGAGGAGGCCAUGGCCGUGCUGGAGGAGGUGGUGCUGUACGCCUUCCAGCAGUGUGUGUACUACCUGUCCAAGUGCCUGUACGUCUGCCUGCCGGCCCUCCUGGAGUGCCCCCCGUUCCAGACGGAGCCCCGAGAGAGCUGCGGCUCGGCCCCAGCGCUGCCCGAGGAGCUGCGCCGCGUCGUGUCCGUGUACCAGGCCGCCCUGGACCUCCUGCGGCAGCUGCAGGUGCACCCUGAGGUCGCCUCCCAGAUGCUCGCCUACCUCUUCUUCUUCUCGGGCACGCUGCUCCUCAACCAGGUCCUGGACAGGGGCCCCUCCCUCAGCUGCUUCCACUGGCCCCGAGGCGUCCAGGCCUGUGCCCGCCUGCAGCAGCUCCUGGAGUGGACGAGGAGCGCUGGCCUCGGGGCGGCCGGGGAGCGCUUCUUCCGGAAGCUCUCCUGCACCCUGCACCUGCUGGCCACUCCCAGUGCCCAGCUCAUCCAGAUGAGCUGGGCUGGCCUGCGGGCCGCCUUCCCUGCCCUGAGCCCAGCGCAACUGCACCGGUUACUGACGCAGUACCAGCUGGCCUCUGCCAUGGGCCCCCUGAGUGCCUGGGAGCCGGGGCCCCAGGACAGCCCUGAAGCCUUCCAGCUAGGUGAGCAGGGGGAGGGCCUAGGGGGCUGUCAGCCCGGCCCCGGCCCCCUGCCAUUGGGCUUCUGUCUCCACCUGGGCCUGUGGACCUGCAAAGAGGGCAGUGCCCUGCUGCAAAUCCAGGCUGAGGCCGAAGGGCUCCCUCUCCUGGGGGCGCCAGCAGCAUCUGCCGCAGGGCGUGGCCUUGCAGCCCAAGCGUGUGCCGCACACAGGUGUGCGUCCGUGCCUACCUGUGUUGGGGCUGUGUGGCCCCACGCGUGUGCUAAGUCACGUGGUGUUCCUCCACUAGUGUGGAUGCAGCACACGGGCAGACAGGGCCUUGGUGAAGUGGGUCCUGCGUCCCUCCUCCCCGCCAUUCCGUCACGCCUGUGGCCCGCUGUGCCUCUGUGUGUGUGUGUGUGUGCGUGUGAACGCCGCGGCGGCGGCUGCUGUGACACGUGCGGGGACACAGCACAGGCCGUGGGGGCUCCAGGCUCGGGGAGUGGGCGGGCAGCCGGGCUGAGGGUGGAGCUGCUUGAUGGAGAGUCCAGACGCCAGGGCCCUGCCCCCGCCCUUGGUGGGCCGGAGGGCGCAGGGCUGCUGCUCCCCCCCCCCCCAGAGGACGUCCUGGAGUCCUACGAGCACCCCCCGCCCAUCGUGCUGCCCAGCGAGGGCUUCCAGGUGGACCUGGACGCGGAGUGCCUGGACGACAGCAUCUACCAGCACCUGCUCUACAUCCGCCACUUCCUGUGGGGCCUGCGCAGCCAGGCCGGCUCCAGCGGCAGCGCCACACGGCCGGCACACGGCGAGGGCGUGCACCCCAUAACUGAGCGACAUCCUGGGGGCCAAGGCGGAGCCCUGGAAGCCGCCCCCAUCAGCUCCCUUUCUUCUGGAGCUCCCAAGGUGCAGGGCCCCCUGGGAAGGCAGCCCAGCCAUAGGGGCCGUGGGGGCCCCCAGCCGGGCCCACUGCAGGCAGACCCCUCGUGCCUGCUCACGCCUCCCAGCACCCCGCUGGGCCUCGAGUCCAGAGACCCCGACUGGCCUGAGCCCGGCAUCCCCUGUGGCAAAGCGCUCCCGGCAGGGCAGAGGAAUGGACUGGCCAGCCCCCCAGGGACGGCAGCAGAAGGAGACUCCGUGGCCCCUGUGGACGAGCCCCCUCUCGCGCCCUCCAGUGGCAGCUCCAGCACGGACGACUUCUGCUACGUGUUCAUGGUGGAGCUGGAGCGAGGCCCCUCCGGGCUGGGGAUGGGCUUGAUUGAUGGCAUGCACACGCCCCUGGGCGCCCCGGGGCUCUACAUCCAGACCCUGCUGCCGGGCAGUGCUGCGGCAGCUGACGGACGGCUGUCGCUGGGAGACCGGAUCCUGGAGGUGGACGGCCACAGCCUGAUGGGCGUCAGCUACCUGAGAGCUGUGGAUCUCAUCAGGCGUGGUGGCAAGAAGAUGCGGUUUCUGGUCGCCAAGUCCGACAUGGAAACAGCCAGGAAAAUCCGCUUCCGCACGCCCCCUCCAUAGGCAGCCGCAGGGCCGCCCUGCCCGCUAGAUGGCGCAAGUCCUGUGUAGCCCUGAUUUAUACACAGCUCGGACACUCACUCCAGCGUUCUGUGGGUACAGGCUUUACUAGGCAGAGUGAAUAAACUGUCUUUCCUAUU